AAAUAUGCAUCUGAAUCGUCUUUCUGAAGCAGCACCAUGGACAGCGUCUAUAAAUGAGCUCUUGCUGGAAAUAAACACGCUUUAACCCAUCCCAUAAUACGGCUGUUUGAAUUCAUCUGAUGUCCAUCACAUUUGGGUUCUCGAAAGCUCAUUUAUUUGGUAACUGUUAUUGUUACAGGCUUACACGUCAUCGCGCGACUUUCUCCGCCCCUCGAGCGCAGCAUCCGUCUGAGCUUCGCGUUGGUUUUUCAUCUAUUUCUCCUGGCAGUUGAAUUUAGGCAGAAAUCCGAAAUCAGAACAAUCGAUGAGAAGAAUCGAUCAGGUUGAACACGCGCAGCUGCAGUGGAAUGCCUGAAACGGUCUGCGCGCUCGUCAGCGUAAAAGGACGGAGAUCACGCGUCCAGAUUUAACGAUUCUGCAGUCAGGUUAGGAGGAAGACGCGUUCGGAUUUGGGGUUUCGGAAAUUAUUUGCAGCGGGAUUUAAACCAUGACGGCCACUAAAGAGCAGCAGAACCAGAGAGGGAAUCCGCAAGACGAGGAUCUGGGUGGCAUGAGUCCUCCUCAGAGGAACUGGAAGGGAAUUGCAAUCGCUUUGCUGGUCAUACUGGUGGUCUGUUCCCUUAUCACAAUGUCUGUGAUACUUCUCACUCCAGAUGACAAGUUACCGGGUAGAGACACCAAGUUAACUGUGGAGGACCUUUUCAGCAGUGAUUUCUUUGUGCAUGACCCUGAAGCUCGUUGGAUCAAUGAAUCUGAAGUUAUAUACAGAAACCACCACGGACAUGUGAUCAAGUUAAACAUCCUGACCAACGAAACAAAGAUUUUGCUGAAGAACACAACUUUUGAUGCUUUUAAAGCCACCAGAUUCUCCAUCAGCCCUGACAUGAAAUAUGUACUGUUCGCCUACAAUGUCAAACAGGUUUACCGACAUUCAUUCACAGCAUCCUACAUUAUUUACAACAUUCAGACCAGAGAGGUUAGUGAGCUGGAUCCUCCAGAGGUGAUGAACUCUAAACUGCAGCACGCUGCAUGGGGUGUCCAGGGUCAACAGCUGGUGUACAUAUUUGAGAAUAAUAUUUAUUAUCAGUCGGACGUAAGGAGUAACUCGCUGAGACUGACCUCAUCAGGGAAAGAGGGUGUCGUCUAUAACGGGAUUGCUGAUUGGCUGUAUGAAGAGGAGAUCCUGCAUACUCAUGUAGCACACUGGUGGUCACCUGACGGUGAACGCUUGGCAUUUCUGGUCCUUAAUGACAGCCUGGUGCCAAACAUGUUGUUGCCUACAUUCACAGGGUCUACUUACCCAAAAGGCAAACAUUACCCGUACCCGAAGGCUGGACAGCUCAAUCCCAUGGUGAAACUGUUUGUAGUCAAUCUCUAUGGACCAACACACACUCUUGAACUGACUCCACCUGAUGAGCUCAAACUGCGGGAGCACUACGUAGUGAUGGUGAAGUGGAUUAGUAAAACUAAGACAGCUGUGCGCUGGUUAAACCGGGCACAGAACGUCUCUGUUCUAACCGUAUGUGACUCUACCACAGGAGCAUGCAUCAAGAGACACGAGGAGACAUCAGACCUUUGGCUCUCCAAUCAAAACCAGGAACCUUUCUUCUCAUGGGACAGCAGCCGAUUUUUCCUGACUGUUCCGGUGAAACAGGGAGGUCGUGGAGACUUUCAACACAUAGCAAUGUUCACCUCUCAGGUGCGAGCGGAUCAGAAUGAAGUGCGACAUCUGACAUCGGGUAACUGGGAAGUGACACAGAUUUUGGCUUAUAAUCAGAAUGCGCACACCAUAUAUUUCCUAAGCACUGAGGGUUCGCCCCGACACAGACAUCUCUUCAGUGUGUCAACAGUGGGGUUGUUUCCAAGACGAUGUUUGACCUGCAAUAAUGAAUGGAAUAAAGCUAAUUGCACGUUCUUUAGUGCGGUUUUCAGCUCCAGUAAUCAGCACGUCAUACUCCACUGCAAAGGUCCAGGAGCCCCAGCUGUGAUCCUAUAUACUUUAAAGACUGGCAAUUAUUACAUUCUGGAGAAUAACUCAGUGCUCACAGCUGCUCUCGGAUACAAAAGAAUCCAGGUGACGGAGUACGGAAGCAUCCAGACUGAACACUUUGAGUUACCGCUGAAGAUAACGUAUCCACUCGACUUCUCUGAGUCUCGUAAUUACGCACUUCUUCUGAUGAUUGACAGCGCCCCUGGUGGCCAGCAGGUGAAUGAGCAGUAUUUACUUGACUGGGACUCAGUGCUGGUCAGCUCGGACAGCAUUAUUGUAGCUCGUCUGGAUGGCAGGGGGAGCGGAUUCCUGGGUCAGAAGGUUUUACAGGAAGUCCACAAGCGUCUGGGAGUUGUGGAACUUCAGGAUCAUCUGGCUGCUGUUGAGUACCUACUGAAACUGCCCUACAUUGACCGAUCCAGGAUAGGUGUGUUUGGUCGGGAUUUUGGGGGAAAUGUUGCACUUAUGCUUAUUAAAUCUACCGAGAAUGUGUUUCACUGUGCGGCGGCAAUGUCACCUGUCACAGACUGGACUUUGUAUGCUUCUGCAUUCUCUGAGCGCUAUCUGGGAUCUCCUCUUCAGGAGGACAGCAGAUAUCAGUUUUCCAGUGUGCUGCAAAAUCCACAGGGCUUUAGAGAUCAAACGCUGAUGUUGCUGCAUGCUACUGCAGAUGCAAACAUUCACUUUCAGCACACGGCUGAGCUUAUUAGGAACCUUGUGAAGGUUGGAGCUAACUACACUCUACAGAUUUAUCCAGAUGAGGGUCACUUCCUGUCCAAGAGUAGCAGGCGGCACAUGGCAGCAACACUCAGCAGCUACUUCAGAUCCUGUUUGCAGGAGGAAAUGCUUCCAGUCAGUGAGGAAGAGGAGGAGGAAGAAGAAUGAAGAUCAUAUGCAGACACGCACACACACGCUCACACACACACACACACACACACACACACACACACACACACACACACACACACACACACACACACACACACACACCAAAAACGUGUGAGGCCUACUGCUCUGAGAGAGUGUGUAAAUGUGUGUUAAUGCAUGUAUCUGUUUUAUGAUGGAUGUAUGCAUUAGAGAUGUGAGUGUGUGUGUAUUUCUAUGUACCUGGCUAUUGGAUUUUUAUUGCUGGAAAUGGACUGAAAUGGCAAGGCACAAAUGGAAUAUUUCACUUAGCAGAAAUCACCAAGAUCUUCAAGUGGACUAGGCUGAUCGGAUUGGCUCAUCCACAUCACAGCUCCUCCAAUCAGCCAUUGCAUGUCUUCUUUCUUUGCUUCACUCUCCGUCUAUCUGUAUGCCGUAUCCUUUAGAAAGAGCACGGCAUUCAGAUAUAGUUACGCUACAAGAAAGACUCACUGUCUCCAUGACAACGCUUACUGGGAAGAACUGCUAUUUCACUCAGCAAAACCUCAAGGAUCUGCUUAAAGACAUGCAGAGCUCAAGGGCACACAUGCAUAACGCUCUGAUAUGUAUGUCCAGUAGAUUCUGGGUUGUUGGUGUAUAUUGUACUGAAGAGUGUGAUCAGAUCUCAUGUUAGCUUAGAUUACAGGGCAGAUCCAAUAACAGAAUGUUUUAAUUCAUUUUUCUGUCUCUGAAAGCUUUUGUAUAGCUUAUUGUUUAGUUUUGGUGUUGGGUGUUGGGUUGUGGUGGGAGUUGGGUUGAUAGUUAUUGUCUUCUAGUUGACAUUUAUGACUAUAAAUAAACAAGUAGUCAAACCUUACACGGGCUUAGCAGAGACUGUUUAAAAGGUGAGUCACUUAGAAAAGCAGAUCUGUUGUUGUAAAGUCAUAGUAAGAUAUUGUUAGUGUCUGAACAUGCAAAUCUUUAGAAUCCCAAGUAGUAGAGAACUUUUCCUUUGGGAUCAAAGUUUUGUUGCCAUACUGUCUCAAGCAGUUUUUGAAAUUUGGUUUCAAUUAACUGUAUGAAAAUGUAGGGUAUUAACCCUAACUCACACAAACUUAAACACUUGCUUCAGGUAUUCAAAAGUAGCUGUGCAUGUGUAAAUUUGAUUUUUUUUUGCAAGCAACAAACAGUAUACAGUGGUUUGAAAAA